GAGGCUCGAGAGUGGAGGGGAGCACCUUCUCUCUGGUUUUUUUCCACGGUUACUCUUCCAAUCAUGGGAUAGGAAUAGCUUCUUUUUUUUUUUGCCCAAAGGGAGUUUCUGCUCAGAUUUGGACUAUGACUGUGGGGCUCUCUGUACACUUUUCCUCCCAUCCUCUCAGGGCAUUACCACAGGAAUAGUGUGUGUGCAUGUGCUUAUGUGUGUGUGUGUGUGUCAGUCCAGCGUGAUGCCUGCUUCUGAUAGUCUCGAGUCUAGCAGCAGGAGUGGAUCAUCAUGAGAGGGGGUCACCACCAGCGAGGGUGUGGGUGUCAGCACCUGUUCAGAAAACUGCUCAGUAAAUGUGGCUGCUGCUUUGUUCGAGUUAGAGCAGCAGAGUCGUACUCUGUGGCGGGCAGUGAUGGCAGUAUCCCCCCAUCGGUGUGUUCUGUGCCCCACCAGGCCUCAGGCAGCUCCAGCCCCUGCUCACACUCGUCUGGAGGAUCACGGCACCCUGUUAGCGCCCUCAAGAAAUGGCUCACCAAUCCCGUCCGCAAGCUGAGCUCGGAUGCCAGGGGAGGAGCGGGGAAAGUCGAGAAGCAGAUGUGCAGGUCAGACGUGAGGCAGCCGCCAUCGCUCCUUUCCCACAGUGAAACCCUGCCGAGGCCUCUGCAACCGCACGACAGCUACACCAUCCUCCCCUCUGGAGACACGGUGUCGAUAGAUGGUCUGUUGAGUCCAGCAGUUCCUUCUCCUACACAGCCGCCAUGUCAAGGCCACUUAUCUGACCUCCUGCAAGGCAGAGACACGCAGAGUCUAAGUCAAAGAUCCAGCGUCAACACUCUCCAAGGGGAAGACGUCUGCACCAUGACUGAUGACUCAGGCAGCCAGUGGUCCGCUACAGUGGACAGUGAAGAGGAGAGAAACAUUGCCUUAGAGAAGAGCAUAUAUGUGCUGACAGAGCUGAUAGAGACAGAAAGGUUGUAUGUGGAAGAUCUUGGACUCAUAGUGCAGGGCUACAUGGCCACCAUGGCCAAUCAGGGAGUUCCAGAGGACAUGAAAGGGAAGGACAGGAUUGUGUUUGGAAACAUCCACCAGAUCUAUGACUGGCAUAAAGAUUAUUUCCUGGGAGAGCUGGAGAAAUGUGUGGGUGAUCCAGACAGCCUGGCCCAGCUCUUCAUCAAACAUGAGCGUCGUCUUCACAUGUAUGUGGUUUACUGUCAGAACAAACCCAAAUCAGAGCACAUUGUCUCCGAGUACAUUGAGACCUUUUUUGAGGAUCUCAGGCAGCAGUUGGGUCACAGGCUGCAGCUCAACGAUCUGCUCAUCAAACCCGUUCAGAGGAUCAUGAAGUAUCAGCUGCUGCUGAAGGACUUCCUGAAGUACUACAGCAAAGCAGGGAGGGAUGUUGAGGAGCUGCAGAGGGCGGUGGAAGUGAUGUGUUUUGUGCCAAAACGCUGUAAUGAUAUGAUGAAUGUGGGCAGGCUCCAAGGUUUUGAGGGAAAAAUCACAGCUCAGGGGAAGCUGCUCCAGCAGGACACCUUCUCUGUCAGUGAGCAGGAAAGCGGCCUCGUGUCCAGAGCCAAGGAGAGGCGGGUCUUCCUGUUUGAGCAGCUGGUCAUUUUCAGUGAGCCUAUUGAUAAGAAAAAAGGGUUCUCUUUGCCAGGGUACACUUUCAAAAACAGCAUAAAGGUCAGCUGUUUGGGCGUGGAGGAGCACUCUGACGAAGAUCCAUGCUGUCUGGUCCUGACCUCCCGUGGGACUGACGGCAGCGUGACGCGCUUCAUCAUGCAGGCAUCAUCUCCGGAAAUACAGCAAGCUUGGCUCGACGACGUGGUCCAGAUCUUAGAGACUCAGAGGAACUUCCUCAAUGCCCUUCAGUCUCCAAUAGAGUACCAACGCAGGGAAAGCAAGUCAAACAGCCUGGGCCGGAACAUGACGUCUCCAACUGCGUCAGCAUCUGGCCUGCGACCUCACUCUUCUGCAUCCAUGGACCGACGUCAGCAGCACUGCCUGCUCUCUUACAACACCUCCCUGCCCUCUCUGCAUCCGCCACAGCACUGCCCAGCCUCGAAGGUGGUUUCUAAUCCUUGUGCUGGGACACCUGAAGCAGCCCACCCUCCAUUUUCUUCCAACCAGCAGCUCAGUUUAUGCACAGAGGUGAGACACGGCCGUGGGACGUCCAAUGGCCUGCCACCCUGCAGCCAGCACAGCAUGCAGAGUGUGACUGCCAGUGUCCAGGCGACCACGUUAAAUGAGGGUGGGAGUUAUUCAGCACGUCGACCAAACAACCUGGAUCAGCUCACAGAGAACGAGCAGUGAUGACCUGCGAGGACAAAUGAACUCAUUUUACCUUUCUGGAGUAGGAGUGCCUCGACUGAGUCAGACUGCUCCGUCAGCGUUGUUUGUUUCAGUCCAGUACAGAAAUCAUCGAGGUCUCAGUGUUUCCGUCUUCAUGUAUUGUCCUAAAUUUCCUUCAAAAACCACUGUGGUCUAAUCUGGAUCUCUUGAUUGUGUUCAUUUGUGUGUAUGUGUGUGUGUCCUCUGCAUAUACACACAUCCACAGAUGGUGAUAACAGAGAUGCGUGAAGAUAUGGCUUUGAAGCACCGCGGAAACUGUACUUCAUAUUGUAUAUGUAUAAAUUUCUUACUUUUUCCAUUGAAAAUUCCUUUGAUGGAUAUUUUUGUAAUGCAUAAUAUUUUCAUAAGGGACCAAUUCCACUUUACUUCCCCUGAGGAAUGGGUUUUCAAAUCCCUUUACGCAGUCAUAGUCCAUGUCCUCGAAUAACUGCAUCCUUGAAAUCACUUGAGUGAUUGUAGAUUCAAGCUUCACUGUGGGAUCUGAAUCCAUAUGAGUUGUGUUUGUCCGUGCACAUUAGCAAAUAGCUGUUUUCCUUUUGGUGGGCUAUUUUAACCCCGCCAUUGUUAGAGUGUUAUCUGAACUAAACACAUUUGCAAACUCACACAAAAGCAUGCAUCCUAAUCAAGCAGAAAGAGGAAAAAGGGAACAAAGAUAAAACAGUGGUGCUCAUCUGUCACUGUCAUAUUGAAUGUUAAUAAUCUCAUGUGGAAUCAUUUCAAUAAAACUUUGACUUGUUGUAUCCUGAAACACACAGAAUUAAAGAGAAAUGCUGUUCUCAUAUUUGUCAUCAUCAUUUAUCUAAAAAAAAAACCCUCACUGCUACUUGUGCAACAUAAAACACUUCCUCACAUGAACGUAUGAGACAAUAAACCCCCCAGACAUGUAAAAGGUCCCCCAACUCUCAUAUAGAGGUACAAGACAUCCAGACUGAAAAGAGAUGCAAAAUGACUAUAAACAAAGCAGCUGUGUCGUUUCUUUGUAUCAACUUUGUGUGUCUGUGGUUGAUGUGUGUAAUUUUGUAGUAAUUUUACAUGUUGUGGUCAUUUGUCUUUUUGUAGUCAUACAACAU